AUCAGAUCCAUGCCUUCCAAUGCUCGGUUUUCAGCCUACGCAUGCAGAGGUGUUGACCUCCCAGCGAGGCGAAUACUUCAACAUUUUGCUGUUAUACUUUCCGGCUCCCAACUCGAUAACCAUAUUUCAAAACCAACCCAGUUGUCUUGCUUUUCCAACCCGUGAGAAGUCUCGGAGCAGCUCUCUUCCAGUCCCACAGCGCGCCAUUCCUCGGCCUGAAUCGGAGACGACAGCGCGGCGAUGUGGUUAAUCAAUACAACGUCUCUAGCUCUUGAGUUCACCGAGGACCCUGAAACCUGCAUCUAUGCAAUCCUUUCACAUACUUGGGGCGAUGACGAGGUCGGUUUCCAAGACAUGGCGAAUCUCGAGCGGGCCAGGAAGAAGCAAGGAUUCUCCAAGAUCGAGCGCACCUGCCAGCUAGCCCAUGACCGUAACAUCGAAUAUGCUUGGGUUGACACUUGUUGCAUUGAUAAGAGCAGCAGCGCUGAGUUGACUGAGGCCAUCAAUUCGAUGUUUCGCUGGUAUAAGCAAUCGCAUGUCUGCUUUGUCUUCCUCUCUGAUCUUCUCUCAUUCGACAGCUGGCGGAUAGGAGGUUACCUUCGCCAAUGCAGAUGGUUCACUCGGGGCUGGACAUUGCAAGAGCUCAUUGCACCUGAAGAGAUCGAGUUCUAUGACAGGGGCUGGAAUCUGAUCGGCACCAAUGAUUCCCUGCAGGGACAUCUGACUGAGAUUACUGGAAUUGACGCGGAAAUUCUCAACGAUAGCGACAUGUUACAAGCUGUUCCAGUGGCAAGACGAAUGUCUUGGGCUGCAUCACGGCAGACCACAAGGGUCGAGGAUCUUGCGUAUUGCAUGUUUGGCAUCUUCGACGUCAAUCUUCCGUUGAUAUACGGGGAAGGCCAGAAAGCAUUCAUUCGGCUCCAAGAAGCUAUUUCACGAGAGAAUAACGAUCUUUCACUUUUUGCAUGGACUUGUCCAAACGAGCGCAUGCUUCCUCUUCACCGGCGACGAAAGUUUCGGGGUAUCUUAGCAGAAUCCCCCGCUGAGUUCAGAGAGUGCAGUGGCCUUCAGCGUAUCUCAGAUCCUGGUAUUAUACCGGCGGAAGUCACAAUAACCAACCAAGGUUUCAGAAUCAGAAAUAUGUUGAGCGAUGGCGAGGGGGAGUACCUCCUGAACUUAAACUGCAUUGCUGGAAGCUACGAUUCUGUGAUAGGACUGACAGGAACGAUUGUUAUCAGACUUGCACGGACGGCGCAUGGAUAUGUGCGGCACCAAUUCAGUGGGCAUACAUUUGUGCACCCCUCUCUGGUUCAGAAGAGUGCAAUGUCUUCUCUGCCUAUCCCAAAGACUAUUAGUCCAGCAGAGUCUCAAUUAAUCAGAUCACGACUCAGGCAUCGUUUCUCAUUUGAUUUUAUCGCCGACGUGCCUUUCUUAGAAUGCGAAAUCCAAAGGAAACCUCUGCACCUUUGGGAUCAUGCAACCAAGAGUUUCAUUACGGAUGGCUAUGAGGCUUUCACAGGCAUAAUCGAGAUCAAUGCCACAGGGAAUAUCCCAAAAAUAAUCUCAGGUUACGAGCACGAUUGCACCUUCAGGCUCGAUCCAAUGCCAGUCGUUAUAUUCGGACUUGAACCGGUAUCGAUUUCGAACAAAAGCAUCGACUCUGGGAAGGAACUUAAACCUUGGGCUGGAAUUUAUACACCAGAGGGUCAGGGCGAGACAUGUCGCGCUAUUGAAAAGAUUCUGGCGCAAGAGAAGACGCAUGGUUUUCCACACGUUGCACGCAAAGCUAGAGAGUUUGUGCUCUCCCGCCAGGACACUCCUAGCCCGCUGUUACCGAGAAAAUGUGAACACAGAGCUGUUUCAAGAACUAUAAACCUUAGUCAUCUAGAUCCUGAGAAAGAAGGUCAGGUAGUAGAAUCUGUUUUGUCGACAUAUUUGGAGGAGACUUCAGACCUCAGUCUGUAUAAGAUGCGACUCGACUUUACGCGCCUGCUCGGCCUCCCCGUGCCCCCAGAAGACGAGACGAUGUGGGACAGUAUAAGAGAUUUGUAGGAGAUAUCGCAUUUCCAGUUGCCGUUCGGUCAUAUGGAAUGAUCUGGUUGUACAAGACGUCAAUACAUUCUUGGAAAUUGGAUUUGAAUUUGUCUUAUAGUUGCUGAAAUGCGAUCUUUUAGCCCAUAAACUCUCUAAGUUUGAGCGGCACAAUUAUUUGCCAGACAUAGAAGUCAUGCUCUUAAAGUUGCAUAGUUUCAAAAGGAUGGCGAUACUCCAAGUACCAGCUAUUCAGUUCUUACGUCUUGCAGCAUAAUUUCCU